AUGGAGGAGUUUGAAUACGAUGGAGCCCCCCAGGAUCUGGCUCAGUGCAUCACCUGCAAGAGAUCGUUCAACCGUAAAGUGCUGGAGAAACAUGCUAAAAUCUGCCAAAAGUCAGCGACCAAAAGGAGGAAGGUUUUUGACUCCAGUAAGCAGAGAGCAGAGGGCACAGACAUCCAACUGCCCAACCCUAUACAACCAAAGGCAGAGAUUCCCAAGACGCCGUCCAAUUAUCGCGUUAAGCAUGAGGACUUCACUGCUCCUCUCCAGUCCUGGAAAACGCCUUCGAAGCACAGGGGACCCCGACCUCCCCCUCCUCCACAUGAAGCAGACUAUAUUCAGUGCCCUUCCUGUCAGCGGACUUUUAACAAAACUGCAGCCGACAGACACAUCAAGUUCUGCACGGAGAAGGCUGCCCGUGAUCCCAACAAGAGCAAACUAGCAGAGGUCAAUAAGAUUCCUGGUCGUACACAGUACAAGCCUCCAGCUCCUGUAAAGAAGGCCAACUCCCCUUCUACACCACCCAUCCCCUCAGCCUCUUCUCAUUCACCCCAGAGAUCAGGUCUUGGACAGCCCACUGGAAUCCCCGCUGGUAAGGUCUCCUCUGCAGGUUUAGUGAGGACGAACCCCUCUGACAUCACAAGCCCUCCAUCAGGAGCGGGAACAAAGACACGAGCAGCAAGUUCUUCGCACGGCUCCGUGAGAAACGCUCACCCUGGAGUAGGACUCAACAAGAAGAAAGUAGACAACAAUGUAUCCAGGCAAUAUCCCAACCACUGCGACGAAGAUGAAGACGAACGAGAGCUGAGCAAGUUCUGUCUCUCUUGCAGUAGCAAGUACCCUGUCGAAUCUGCCGCAUUUUGCUGCGAUUGUGGCGUGAAGAGGAUGCGUAUUUGA